CACAGCCCGCACCCCCCCAGCACCUCCCGAGUGCCCGUGCCGGUGACAGCCCAUUCUGGCUUCUGGAAACGGCCUGGCCAGCCCAGAAAAGUUUUUUGGGGAAAUGCUAGCACCCACAUUCUGUAGGCAAGCGGUGCUGCCUUCAUGUCCUAUAUCGUCCCCAUGGCAGGGCUUAGGGACGCCUUCUUCCUCCCUAUCCUAGGAACCCCCUUCUUCCUCCCCACAGAGGUUCCAGGUCCCUGGCCAGGAGGAGAAGUCACCAUUCGUGCCCCAGAGCCUGUUGGAGGGGAGAAAGGUUCUUCCUUGGCUUCCCGGGCAGGCUCCGGCCAGGCUCGGCCAAGUCUGUUAAUGGGUAGCUAUUCCCAAGGGCUUUGCAGCGUCCCGGUCCCAUCCCUCGGGAGAUAAAUACCCAGUGAGGGGCGAGCUUAGAGAGCCUUGGACUUGCAGGUGGCACAAGAAAGAGCAGGCAGAGGAGAACGAGGUGACAGGAGAAGUCUGAGGAGGAUUCCCCCUGCUCCCGGUGCCGAUCUCUGCUGGGAGCCCUGGACAGUAAAAAACAGCCCAAGGACUUGCAGGGCCGCUCCGAGCCGGCGGGGAUGCUGAAGGCUGCCAUGGGGCUGCUGGGGAGCCCCGCUGCGGUGUCGGCCAGCGAGGUGAUGCUGGUGGCCGCCGUCUUCUGCCUGGUGUUCCUGCUGCUCCAGUGGCUGCAGCAGCAGCAGCAGCGGCCCGUGCCCGAGGGGCUGCGGAGGCCGCCGGGCCCGCGGGGCUAUCCCAUCCUGGGGAACGUGCUGGAGCUGCGCAAGGACACGCACCUGGCGCUGACGCGGCUGAGCCGGCGCUACGGGGACGUGAUGGAGGUGCGCAUCGGCACGAGGCCCGUGCUGGUGCUCGGCGGGCUCGACACCAUCAGACAAGCCCUGGUCAAGCAAGGAGAGGACUUCAUGGGGCGCCCCGACCUCUACAGCUUCCGCUUUGUCACGGACGGGCAGAGCCUGACGUUCAGCCCCGACUCCGGGGAGGUGUGGAAAGCGCGCAGGAAGCUGGCCCAGAGCGCCCUGAAGAGCUUCUCCAUCGCCCCCAGCCCCACGUCGUCCUGCAGCUGCCUGCUGGAGGAGCACAUCUCCAAGGAGGCCGAGUACCUGGUCAGCAAAUUCCUGCAGCUGAUGGAGGAGGAGAAGAGGUUUGAGCCCUACCGGUACCUGGUGGUGUCAGUUACCAACGUUAUCUGUGCCAUGUGCUUCGGCAAGCGCUACGAGCACGAGGACCAGGAGCUGCUCAGCCUGGUGAAUUCUACCGAGAAGUUCACCAAUGUGGCUGCUGCCGGCAACCCAGCCGACUUCAUCCCCGUGCUCCGGUACCUCCCCAGCCGCAGCAUGAAAUUGUUUCUAGAUUUCAACAGGUACUUACUCAGCUUUCUGCAGAAGAGGGUCAAGGAGCACUAUGAGACCUACGAUGAGAACAACAUCCGGGACAUCACGGACUCCCUCAUCGAGCAGUGCCUGGACAGAAAACUGGCAGCAAACACAGCCACGCAGGUCCCCAAGGAGAAGAUUGUCAACCUUGUCAACGACCUCUUUGGAGCAGGCUUCGACACGGUGACCACAGCCCUGUCCUGGAGCCUCAUGUACCUUGUGACGUACCCCGACAUCCAGAGGAAGAUCCAGGAAGAGCUCGACCGGACCAUUGGGCGGGAGAGGCGGCCGCGGCUGUCGGACCGGGGCACGCUGCCCUACACGGAAGCUUUUAUCCUGGAGAUGUUCAGGCAUUCCUCCUUCGUGCCCUUCACCAUCCCACACAGCACCACCAAGGACACGGUGUUGAACGGUUACUACAUCCCAAAGGGUCGUUGCGUGUUCGUCAACCAGUGGCAAACGAACCAUGAUGAGAAGCUUUGGAAGGACCCAGAAACCUUCAGGCCCGAGCGUUUCCUCAGUGCUGAUGGAACCAAACUGAACAAAGAGGAGGCGGAGCAGGUGCUGGUGUUUGGCCUGGGGAAGAGGAGGUGCAUUGGAGAGAACAUUGCCAGGUGGCAGGUGUUCCUCUUCCUGGCCACGCUGCUCCAGCAGCUGGAGUUCAGCGUCUGCAAGGGCAGCAGGGUGGACAUGACCCCUCUCUACGGACUGUCCCUGAAGCACAAGAGGUGUGAGCACUUCCAGGUCAGGCAGCGCUUCCCCGUGAAGGACAGGAGCUGAGCGGCGACAUCUCCAGAGUGUCCUUGCAGCAGGGCUGGCUCUGGAGCAACUUUGUGGGGUGAUGGGAUAAACUGAAACCAU